AUGAAAAAUAGCAAAGGUAAACAUUUAAAGGUGCGAAGCUUAGGAGUUGGGACGAUCCUCCCACCAGAGGUAGAACUAGAAGUGGUAUUCUGGAUGAAUAGUUUGCGCAAGGAAGGUGUGCCAGUAUCUCCGCGCAUGCUGGCCCUACAAGCACGGCGGGUUGCAGCUGAAGCGGGCAUCAGGAACUUCCGAUCGUCUGACAAAUGGAUUCAAGGAUUCCGAGGCCGCCAUCGCAUGAGCAUGCGAGUUCCAACUCGUCAAAGCCAAAUCCGCCCCGAGGAUAUUGCCAAGGUUAAAGCGGAGUUUGCAACAGAAGUCGAGAAAAUGGCUCGGCAGCUGGGUAUUACGCGAAUCUACAAUGCAGAUCAGACAGGUUUGUUUUUUAUUUAUUCUAACUGCGAAUGUAUAUUUUAA